CCUAGCUCGCAACAGUGACGUCAUCGCGCAGCGGCGGUGCACUGACGCUCGGCGAUUGGGUAAGCGAGGAGCUAAAGUGUAUUGUACAUUAAAAAGACAAGGCGCCGAUAACAAAAACAACACCUGCGGCCGCAUGAGGCCAGCUAAGGACACACUCGCACUGUCGGGCUCCGGUUAAAAUGAUUUCGGAUGUGACGAUGGCUGCACACUUCACUAUUUCUGACAGUGAGUCAGAUUCAUCAGAAGAGGUUGAGGAAGGACAAAAUAACCAACCAUCCCCUGUCCAGGAGCAGCAGCUUCCGCAACGACACUCCCUCACCCUUCCUGAGCUCAGAUUGGCAGGGACCGGGCGAAUCAGGCUGAACUCAGAGUCCCACGCUUACACUGUCUCCCGAGAUGAAGAGCUCCAGGCUCGGGGAGAAGAUGAGGUCUGCACACCCACAGAGGGAGCUCCAUUCAGGGGACGGUCCAAGUCAGCUCCCCCUGCUCUUUGGGCAGCCAAGAAAUACGGCCGGCAGCUCCGGAGGAUGAGCGAUGAGUUCGACAGCAUGCUGGACAAAGGGGAAAUGAAAAAGGUGAGGAGUCCCGGGCCGGCCAAACAGAUGCAACACUCAAAAACCUGGUGGAGCUACCUCUUCAGUCACCAGGAGACGGAGGGAGAGAACAACCACCAUGAGAACCAAACUCACCGCAACGAAUAGGCACCAAGAGAGGAAAUUAAGAGGGACUUGAGGUUUAAGGAAUGAGAAGAAAGCAAUGGGGAAGCCAAGAGAACAAUUGUGAUGAGAACAAAAAGACCUGCUCUGAUGGAAGAAAGGUUGGUUUGAACAAAAAGAUCCCAAAACACAAAAAGGCGUGGCUAAGUGUCUCAUCCUAGUCGUGUCAUUUUUAUACAUUAUUGGUAACUACAUUUAGGUAAACCUUUUUGUAUUUAUGUUGGUUGUGAUGUAAAGUUUAUAGCUGGGCAUCGCACUGUGAAAUGGUAAGAGUCAGUCAGGCAUGAGGAUGGAAUGGUGGCUAUCUGAACCCCAUAUAAUCUAUAAAAAGACCAAGAGAGGAGAGAUGAGCUCUUGAAAACACAAAGAAAGACCAGCAUUAAGGGGAUUUGAGUGGUGACUACUUAGUUUAAAAAGGUGCUAACCACUUCAGUUGUCUCUCCCAUCAACACUAUGCAAUAUACUGUGGAUGGAAAGGUAUAAAUGCACUGGAAUCAAACACCCAAGGCCACAUUGAAUGCUGUUAGAAUGUCCUUCCUCAUCUUCUUGAGGAAACGUGUUACUAAUGCUUGUUUUGCUCCGAAUGCUAGUUCAUGGAGACCACUGUAAAUGAGUGCCAAAAUGACCUGCAGGUAACAGAGGAUGGAGGAUAAAAAUGGGAAGGAUUUUUUAAAGUAUUCAGCUCAGGCCUUUAUCUAACCUCCUGUUCUACUACCUGUAAGGUAGUACAAUUUAAACAACUGUACGUACUUGACUAUCUUUAACUGCUUUAUAUCUCAAAUUUAUCAAAAGAAGAACAAUCUUGUACAAGGACAAUCUCUGACUGCGCAGAAAAUACUAUCUUUUGUAAGACUUCAGGGUUAGAAUAUAUCUGAAGAAAAGGACAUUACUAUAACAUUUAAAAGCACAAACCAAUAUGAAUUUAUCUUUUCAAAGCCUUUGAUGAGCAAAAAAAAAAACCUUGUAACUUUAAUGUGUAAAUAUUUUGUUCAUAUUUUAUCAAAUUGCAGGGGUGCUUUGGGGUUAUGAGCUAUGUGCUUAAGCCAGAAUUGUAUUUAUCGAGCUCUUAUUUUACAAGGUUACCAUGCUAUUUAAUAAGGUUGGCCAACCUAGCAAUAGGCAGUGUACAAUCCAUGGCUGUUGUGAUAAAUAUAUGUGCAUAUUUAAAUAUUUGGGAGGGGAUAUAUUAACUGCUAUACAAGGAGCGACACACAAGCCUUUGGCCUCAUUUUAAAUCAGCACCAAGUGCGUAAAGGAGGUGGAUUUAGAGUAAAGUCACAUUUAAAACACUGGUGGAAAGGAUUUAAACUUGGCUUCUCAAAACCAUUUGUUCAGGAAAAUCAGUUUCCUUGAGUUUAGAUGCAGGUUGUUCACUCUUUAUCUGCAUUAGGAUGUGAAUACAAUGGGAUCUUAAUUUAUGAAGCCUUAAGUCUAAGAGUGCUGAUCUAGAUUUGCUUUUUAUGCAUUCAAUUCUGGCUUAUAUAUAAACUAAGAUCAGGACUUCUACAUGGCUUGGUAAAUAUAUAAUUUGGCUAUUUGUGACUUGUUUAUCAAUGUGAUUAUUGAAAAUGGUAAUAGGUUUGUUCUUCUUGUGUCUUACUCUCUUCCUCUUGACUUGUAGGGUUGAGUUGUGAAGUGUUGCAGGCUGAGGGGGCUGCAUUUGUAUCGUCUUUUAAACAAAAAGCUUUUCCUAAACUUGGUUAAAUGGGAAACUUUUUUUAAUCAGAUUAUUGGACAAUCUGAAGGGGCCAUUGUUUUUAGAGAUUUAAUCAAGUUAUCUAUAUGUUUUAGUAAAGCUCCCUACUCAAUGAAUACAGUUAGACUAGGCUGUUACAUUUUAGCUACUUUAAAAAGGGACUAACAUUUGAUAUCCCAUUCCAUAAACAGAUUAACAAGGAAAUGAGGAAAGGGUGUUUAAAUAGUUGUGUUAUCACAACAAAUAGUGUUUCCACUCCUAGUUGUCCUGUACUUGGACACAAGAAUGACAGUAAAUCAGCUGAUAGAGAGUUUGUACACGGUGUUCAGAGCUUAGGGUCAGAUAUGAAUUUAAAGACAAUAACAUUGUCAACAUGAAUGCCUUGAAUAUGCUUUAACUGUGGUGUACCUGUGCAUAAUCAGCCAUGUCUGUUUACCCGAUUACCGCCUUAACUUCUAGGUCACUGUCACCUAUAACGCUCAAGAGAAAGUCGAUAUGAAAUGCCGUUUGAUGGAAUUCACAUUGUGGUUCUGACUGUUAAACAUUAGUGGCAGUGAACACUCCCCAGAGGCGAAUCCUGCUUGGGCACCUGGAGUUUUGCAACGAUCCUUGGUAUUACUUGAAUCUGGAGAUGUGUGUGUGUGGUGAAAAUAGAAUUUGAAUAUUCCCUCCUUUUUUGGAAAUUCCUUUUCCUUUUUUUAAUAACUUUUGUAAAUUUUCUCUACAGCUGUGAAACUUCUUGUAUAUGCGGUCUUGAAUAAAUAAUUUUAAGAGUGGUUUUAAAA